GUGGUCCGCCAUUUYGAAAACAUUGUACCAUUACUAUCGAGUUUUCAACUGUUUUAAACCCCUAAAAAUAUAUUCUUAAGACAUGACUUCUUUUUAAAGUUUUAUGUGAAAACGUUUUUCGAUAGUAGCCAUGAGUGAUGAAUUGAAUAACGGAGCUCUUCGCUUGGCAGUUGCUCAGAUAUGCCAGUCAAUGGGAUGGGAUGCCCUGCACAAAUCGACUCAUGACUUGCUUACAGAUGUACUGCAAAAAUACAUGCAAGAGAUUGCCAAAUGUGCUUAUGGUUACUCACAACUUUAUUGCCAUACUGAGCCAAACUUGGAAGAUUUGGGACUUGCUUUUAAUGAUACAGGGGUGCUUGUACAUGAGUUAGAGGACUUUGUCAGCCAGGUAGACCAAGUACCCUUUAGUUAUCAGUUGCCACGGUUUCCAAUGCCAAAGCCUAACGUUCUUCAUCACCCACAUAAAGAAGAGAUAGUAGAUCGGCCUGAGUUCUAUCAUGAGCACUUGCCACCCCUCAUCAAAGCUUUGCAACAAAAUGAAGAUGAAGGAGAAAGAGAUGCAGCUGAAAUCCAAGGCUUAGAGCACUCUUCAGAUUCCACAAAAUCAUAUCUUAGAAGUGAAAUAAAAACUGUUGGUCAAGAAACAGAAAACCAGUUAACUGAAAAUGGAGAAGACAAAAGAACUGCUAACCCCUCUGUUGAAUUUGAAAGUGAAGCAAAGAGGAGAAGACUGGAAAGUCCAUUCAACAAACAGAAUAAAGAAAAUAAACUUGAUAUCCUUCAAGUCUUGCAGGAAAAAAAUUCUCAGUCACCGUCACCUUCACCUUCUCCAGACUUUGUAGCAAUUGAGCCAGAUGAUAAAAGGAAUGAAAACACUGUGUUCACAUUCACGUCAACACCAAAUCCGCCAUCACCUAAAACUCUUUCCAGUACAAAGAAAAAAUCAAGCAAAAAGACAGAAAAUCCUUCAAAAGAUAAGCUAUUACUCGGGUCCCCAGAGUUGAUGAAUAAAAAGCAUGCUCAAACAACACCUGGGAUAACAAUUUCACCCAAGAAAACUUCUGCUAAAUCAAAGGCUAAACCAAAACCUACUGCAUCUCCAGUUAAAGGAAAAAAUGUUUCUCCUAAAAAGACACCAGUAAAGCCUUCUCCUAAAAAGAAGUCAAAGCCACAAGAAAAGUCUCUAAAGUCAACUGCUUAUACACCCAAAGUUCUAUCUCCAGCAAGUAAAAAGAAAUCCAAGCCAGUAAAAAAGGAGGCAACACCUUUUUCACCACCUCUCCCACUUCCUGUCUUACCACAUAAGGAAGAUACUGAUGUUGCCAGAAUUGUUACUCAAACCAUGCCGAAGUUAAUAAUUAAACCCCUAAAACAUGAAAAAAAUCAGCUUUCAGAAUAUUCAGUAUCAGAAAUGCCUUUAGAAGCUUCUGUUUUGAAUCCAGAAAAGAAAAAAGGAGUUAAAAGAAAAGCAACAACUGAGAAGGAUGCCUUGAGAGAGAAUGAGCCAAAACCAAAGAAAAAGAAAAAGAAGAAAGUAUUGCCAGGGAUAAUAGACAGUACUGCUCUAGAGUCCCAACCUAAAGGAAGUUUUCCAGCAGCAUCCGUCAGCUCAACCCAGAUGCUUAGUGACAUGCAAGGUGCAAGCAUGGUCAUGGACACUAUCAAGAAAAAGAAAAAGAAGCGCAAGGAGAAGGAUAGGGAUAAAAGCAAACAGAAAAAGGUGAAAGAAGCAACUAGUUCAGAGUUUAGCAUAUCUUCUUCAUCUGCGACACCUAUUCCAACUAUCAAGCUAAAAUUAGAGAAUCCAUCAUCCACAAGUACCAUAUCUACUGAUGCAGGGCCAAAACUCAGUGAAAUUACAGCAAGCAAGAAGUCUCAUCCUCUACCUUUUCAUAGUGUGCCUUCUCAACCAGUAAACCCACAACCAGUGCCUCAUACCAUAACCCAGGAGACAUUUGACAGUAUAGUGCCAACAACUAGUGCAACUACUGGACCAUUGUUAGCUAAAACUAAAGAGGAGGUACCUAGAACAGUAAUCACAGAGACUCUCUCCACCACAGUGCAAAUCUAUUACUGCCCCACCUGUGGACUAGCUGAUGAUGGGAGUUUUAUGAUUGGAUGUGAUUCCUGUGAUAGAUGGUAUCAUGGAGCAUGUGUUGGUAUCAACGACGACCCUGGAGGAGACUGGUAUUGUGAAGUGUGUACCGGGAAGAAAACGAAGAAGAAGAAGAAAAAGAAAAGCAAGGAUAAAGACAAGCAUAAUUAGUUUUUGAACUCAAGAAAUGACGACUUAUUAUGGCUUUUCUAAAAUAUAUCUAUAGUUCAAAUUAACAUUUUAAAUUAAAUGUACUUGUUGUCGCUGUGUUGUCCCCCGGUCGGAGAAAACAGCUGGAUUGUGAUACUAUGAAAAUCGCCGAACUGUGGAUAGGCCCGAGUAUUCUUAGGACAGCCACACCCAUUUUUGUAUGAUUCUCCACGCCCCCUCCCCGUCCAGUAGUCUUUAGUAUCCAUUUUGGCUCCAUCUCUACCACAUACUUGUAGACGUGGAAUGUUUGGGCAAUCGUACAAAAGUGAACGUCAUAAGAAAACUCGGGCCUAUUUCACAGUUUUUGUGAUAUUAGUAGUAUCAAUUACUGUAAAUCAACAUAUAAAUAAAACAUCUGUGAUAAAAAGGUAAA